AUGGGUUUCUCUGCUGGUGACUCCAAGAAGGGUGCCAACCUCUUCAAGACCCGAUGUGCUCAGUGCCACACCCUUGAGAAGGACGGCGGCAACAAGAUCGGCCCUGCUCUGCACGGCCUGUUCGGCCGAAAGACCGGCUCCGUCGACGGCUACGCCUACACCGAUGCCAACAAGCAGAAGGGCAUCACCUGGGACGAGGGAACUCUGUUCGCCUACCUCGAGAACCCCAAGAAGUACAUCCCCGGCACCAAGAUGGCCUUCGGUGGUCUCAAGAAGGACAAGGACAGGAAUGACCUGAUCACCUUCCUCAAGGAUGCUACGAAAUAA